AUGGGCCUGAGAGAAGCAUGCCGCACUUUCAACAACAUUCCUCCUCCAACACUUAGAAGGCGACUUAAAAAUAAUGACUUUAUCAAAAGAACUCUUGGACCGCCUUGUAUCCUUGGCAUCCAGAAUGAAUUAAAAAUUAGGUUUCAUAUACAAAAGCUACAAAAACACGGAUUUGCGCCAACUCGUGAAAAUGUCAGAGCAAUGGCGUUUCACCUGGCAGAUCAGCUUAAAAUUAAACACCCUUUUAAUAGAGACAGUAAACUUGCUGGUUAUGACUGGUUACAUAUGUUUUUACAACGACAUCCAGACUUGAGUGUUAGAAAAGCUGAGGGUGUAUCACUAGCUCGAUGCAACGGUAUGAAUAAAGAAAAGGUAUCGGCGUACUUUAAUCUGUUAGAAACAACAUUAAUGGAGGCCGGUUUAGUAAACAAGCCUGGUCAUAUAUUUAAUAUGGAUGAGACGGGUGUCCAACUUAAUAAUAAGCCAGGUUAUGUUAUUGCUCAGAAAGGCUCAAAAAACGUUGCCGCAAUAACAUCAUCAGAAAAGGGAGAAACAAUUACAGUAAUCUCAUGUUGUAAUGCAGAAGGUUUUUACAUACCACCAGCUUGCAUUUUUAAGGGCAAAAAUAAAAAAACCGAGUUUGAGGAUGGUACCUAUGCCUCCGGGUUCUGUGGUUUACAUGAACGAAAAAUCCGCUUAUAUUAA